UUGUUUUUUCCCGCCCGGCUUCAUUAUUGAUGGCAUCGGGACGGUAAUGCGGAAGCAUGUGUGAACGUUUCAUUACAAAAGGUGGACGCGGCUCGUGUUAAUAUUGCAGACCGGCCGGACCCGACCGGACGGGUGGACGCUUCCGAAAAAAAAAGAAAUAUUAAAAAAAAUAAACAUUUGCAAUUAUAUUAAAUAAUAAUUCGGGUUCGGUCUAAAGAAAAUUUCAAGUUUCGAAUAUAGCGCGUCGGCUCCGAACUAUUCGGACGCGUGUCGGCAAACUUUUGGUAGAACUUCGGCUAAAGUUCUCACGUGCGUGUGUGACCAGCGGGCGGGCGCGUGACGGAUUGGCCAGCCUGCCGCCCGCUUCAUUUCAUUGGACACUCAAACUUCCAAUUCCGAAUUCCUCUAUUCGAACGUCGCCUAGUCUCAAUUAGUGAAUAUUUUGUCAACAGUCGGGUUAAGUUUGUUUAUUCGCUGUGUUCCGUUGCCGGUACCGGACAUUGACUCGCAGUGGCAUUGUUGAUGUUUUGUUGAUUGUUUUGUUGAGUUACGUUUUGACGCGCCGCGAACCGGCUGAUAAGAUUUAAGACAAGCGGUCGCUGUUAAUUGGACAGUCGCUAUCACAAAGAUAACAACCACAUGACUCGAUAAUUGGCGGUAAAAAAAAAUCAAGAUGGUGGACACACAGCACUUUUGCCUCCGGUGGAACAACUACCAGAGUAGCAUCACCAGCGCUUUCGAGAACCUUCGAGAUGAUGAAGAUUUUGUAGACGUGACCCUCGCCUGUGAUGGAAAGAGUUUAAAGGCGCAUAGAGUCGUACUAUCAGCAUGCAGCCCAUAUUUCCGAGAGCUGCUCAAGUCAACACCUUGCAAGCACCCAGUGAUUGUGCUACAAGAUGUCGCAUUCCCGGACCUACACGCACUAGUAGAGUUCAUCUACCACGGCGAGGUGAACGUGCACCAGCGCAGCCUCUCGUCCUUCCUCAAGACAGCUGAGGUACUCCGCGUAUCCGGCUUGACACAAAAUGAUGAUGCUCAGGGGCCGCUCGUGCAGAGCAUCGCUCGCGCAGCCGCCGCCGCCGCGUCGUCGCCGCACACCCCUCCCCACCCCGCGCACACCCCGCACGCGCCGCACACCCCGCACACCCCCAGCUACACCGAGAAGCUGGAGGAGGCUCUGCUCCACCCGCCGCCGAUCAUGCGCCGCAUCCCGCUCCCCCCGCGCCGCAUGUCCCGCUCCGCGGACAACUCGCCCGACGUCAUCAAGCGUGCUCGCCACGACAACAACAACGACCAACCGCAGAUACACGACUUCUCGACGAAGAACCACUCGAUGGUGAACAACACUCGCGCCCAUAACGAGCAAGGCAACAACGGGAACGGGAUCUCAAACUCCAGCUCGUCCCCCUCCCCGCGGCUGAUGGACGAGGUGAAGAACGAGCCUCUCGACAUGAUCUGCCCUUCGAACCCGGACAUCGACAGGAGUACGGAUGACACACCGCCUCACUCCCAUCACAGACCACUUGGAGGCGGGCCGCCGUCCCGCGCAAGCUCGGCCGAGGCGGACGACCGCACCCCGCCCCCGCAGAUGCCCCCCUCGCCGUUCAUAUCGCCUGCCGAUACCAAGCUAUUCGCGCCGCAGCACAACUACAACUACAGCAUGACGGCUCUCACUGAUCCUUCUGCUUUAGCCGGUCUGCCGAGCCCGCUGGCGCCGGACGGCAUGGCGAGCACAUCACAAGCCGCACCGCCCCUCCGCAUGCCCCCGCCGACGGCCGGCGGCAUCAACGAGCCGCAAGAGUGUCCCUACUGCCGCAGGACAUUCUCUUGUUACUAUUCCUUGAAACGACACUUCCAAGACAAGCACGAGCAGUCCGACACGCUGUACGUGUGCGAGUUCUGCCACCGGAGGUACCGGACCAAGAACUCGCUGACGACGCACAAGAGCCUGCAGCACCGCGGCUCCAGCGGCAUGCUGAAGCGGCUGCUGAAGACGUCGGCGCUGCACGGCGCGCUGCCGGCGCCGCACCACCUGUUCGAGCUCGGCGCCGAGCGCGCGCCGCUGCCGCCCGGCCUGCAAUGACCGCUGUCGGGCUAGCCGCGCUCCUAGUGUAAUCUUACGGUAGGAAAUAUUCACGUUAGCUUGUACGAGAACAGUAUUGGAGCACCGAGUCGGACGGUGUUCGGGAUGACGAUGUAAUUCAGAGCAAUACUAAAGUAUUAAUGUAUCUAGUACUGCCAAAAUUAUGCCAACUCUAUUCUAGAGAGAAAAAUUACAUUUUUAAUAUCACUUUUCGAUAAAUGUCUAGUGUCAAAUUAGAUUCGGUAACUGUACAAAAACGAAACGUACAAAUUUUAAACAGUAAAUAUUAAAAUAUUGAAAGAAAAUAUUUUUUAAAGAGACUUUUUUCGGAUCGCCAAAUCUAAAUUUAAAUACAGAUUAUUUAGGAGUUAAUAACCAAAAUUUUUAGAUUAAAACGUAUAAAAAAAAAUAAAAAAAAAAUAUGUUGAUGUUGAUUAAAAAUUAAAUAAAGACUACUUAGAAUCUGAUUUGAGAGUACAAAAGAGUUACGUCUUAUCGAUGAAUAUGUGUAUUCUAUGUGCGUUUUGGCUUCAGUAAUAACAUUUUGAUCGAUGUAUAAGUAGCCGUGCCUUCGUUCGUCCUCAUGCGAUACAAAAAAAUGGUUUGAUGAAAUUACCGAAGUGACAAAGAAUGUAAAAGUUGUUGGCGAACGAAAUGUAACGGUCGAUUGCCGAUGAGCGCGACUGGCACGCCGCCAGCCACUGCCAGUCGACCUGUGGGUACGCCGCUAGGCUGCCAGUCGGUCUGGCAGCCCUAUACAGGGUCUUGUGAGGGUCGUGGAAGCACCAGUGAGCCAACACUGCGAGGGUCUUCGAAAAGCAGGAACCUGUUCCAUCGUAUACGUUCGUGGUUUCGAAUCACGCGACGAAUUAAUGUUUCGUCUGUAUAGAUAACCUAGACAUUAGGAUAUUCAUUAACAUAAUUAUAUUUAAUCUGUAUCCAUUUUUCGGAUUUCUCUCUAUGAGUGUAUAGUGGUUUCUUAUUUAAAUGUCGACCAACGUAGCGGACGUCUCGUUAUUGAAAAUUUAUUAGAUUAUUAUUAUUAUUAUUAUUAAUUAUAUUCUCAAAAUUCUUAGGAUCGACCAUAAGAUGGCUGCAGAUGUAAAAAUAUAUUAUUUACUUAUAUUAUAGGUAAUCGCUUGGGUACCGCAUUUGGCUAAAAUUGCGACUGACAUAUCUUCUCAGGGUUUAACGACGAAUACGUUUUGAUAUCAUAGAUAAAUUCUGCAUCUUUACAGAUAAGUAUAACCCUUACAUAUCAAUCAAAUAUCUAACAUAAAUAUAUGCUGGUAUAAAAGUAUUUCAACGCCGUGAUAUUUCACAAGCCAAAGAAAAACAUUUAAAUGGGGAUAAUUUUUGCCUAUACGCAUUUACUUCGAGUAGAAUAAAAAGGAAACAUUCUGAAAAAUGAUCAAAUCGAACUGUGCCAUAUCUGAUUGGAAUUACCGAAAUAUCUACUUGAUUGAACGAUUCAAAUAUAACCGUUUUUUUUUUUUUUAAAUGCUACACCGUUACAAGGGCGUGGCAAAUAAUGUCCGCAAUCAAUGCAAUUUCAGAUAUAGUUUAAUUUAAUUAACAUUAUUAUUUUGCAUUUAUUAUUUUCCAAUUUUAAGGUAAAUGGUUAAGUAUAUACGAGUAAGUUUUUAUUUUCUUUUUCGGAAUGUUACAUAUUCGUAAUUUGUGAUAUGAGUUUUAAUUGAAUGUUAUUUGGUAUAAUUCCAAAUAUAUUUUUAAAAUAAGUUUUUUUUUUUUUUAUAUUCAGCUUAAAUUAAUUUGUUAGACAAAUUACUUUUUUCAUGAUUAUCGAUGCGUUUUCAUGCGAAGAUUAUACGUUAUCCCCGGUAAUAACGCGCGUACCUCCAUGUUCGUAAUACCUCAAAUAUUUUGUUUUUUAUAUAUUAAUUUUUAUUUGAAUGUUAAAUAAACUGGCUGUCUUAGAUUCCGAAAGGAACGUUUUCGGUUCGGGAAUUUAAUCGUCAUAGAAUCAUCUAGAGAGCUUAGAAAAAAAAAGCAAGCGGGUAGUUUGAAUUGUAAAUAUGUUAUAAGUUAGGCAGUAAUUGAAGGAUCGUGGCAUCAUUCGGGAAUAAAGCCUCGUGAUAUUAUUAACUAAAAUAGUGAAUAGAUGAAAUCAUUAAUGGAAAGGAUUUUUAUAUAUAUUCUAAUAAUGGAUUUAUUAAUAGUAAAACUUAGGACUUAGUCUUUCUAUAAUGUUUUUUUUUAGUGUUUGCGUUUAUUGUUUUCGCUGUGCAAUUUAUUUCAUACGUUCGGCCGUUUGAAAGCUUGUUGUUGAAUGCUUUGUUAAAAAAAAAAAAAAUUGGAUUGUUUUCCCACCAAUAUUUUUUGUGAAAAUUAUUUUUUCGUAAUUCUAAAUUGAUCUCAGUAGACAGCUGCGAACUACAUCAUAUAUCGGAGACAGCUGUUGGUAAUUGUUAUUAGGCGUAGGUCUUUUACGUUAAGUUUGGAUGUGUCGGCAAAAAAAAAUUAAGUACGAAACCGCAGCUUAAAAAAAAAAUAGCUCAAAAACAGCGAAACACGAAAAUAAACAUAUUCUUUUGCAAUGUAUACCAAAAUACUGCAUUUUUAAAUAGUAAGAUGAUAAGUGAGAAAACAUUUUUUUUUUUUAUAUAAAUUAUUUCAACGUCUCAAUUAAAUAAUUAAUAUGUAUAAUCAUUUCGCUUCGUCGCCAGAUAAUUUAUUUUAAGUUUACUAACGAUAUUCGUUUAAAUAAACCGACUGUGUUACUAAGGUAGGUAAUGCAAAUUUUAAUCAACAACAGAAUGCCUUCGUAACAGUACAACUAUUACAAUAGCCUACAAGUUAAGUAAAUAUAAGAUACAACGGAUAAAUGACAAUAAGUAAAUAAAAUCCGAUGUUCAGCUGUAAAUAAUAUAAGGGACGAUAGCGAUCUGCGCAUGCGCCGUUUUAUUUUAGAUUGUUCGAAUUUAUUGUAGUGGGUAGGUGUAGCGACCACUGACGACUUUGUAUACGUAUUGUCAUUUAGUUCAUUACAUUUCUUUGCUGAACCUGUCCAGUUAUACUGCCAAUAGUAAUCGUAACCGAAUUCGGACGUCAGAAGCACUUAAUUAAUUUCUAGUAUAUUUACGGCAUUAAUUAUACUAAAACACGUAUUGGCUUUAUGUAAAUAAAAUACAAAGUACGGUUAACUCCACGUUCACAAAUCGGUUUCACAAAACAAUCUUGCUUUUUAAAUCGUAAGUAUUACCUCCAAUAAUAUUAAGUAUUAUCUUUGAUAAAUCUUUUAAUUUUUAAUGUUAAUGUAGCGAGAGAAACUCCCUGUGAGGCUACUUGACUUGAACCACAUCAGUUUAAAAAAGGUUAUGCUUUUACACAAACUGGUCUCUUGAAAGUAACGUCGCCAAUAUUUUUAAUGUUAAAAAGAUGACUGUAUCACUGUCUCUAUCGAACGUACGGUCGUUUAUUAAGCUAGAAAGAGACAAAGCAUUACUUAUAAUAUAAUAACUUCGUAUACGGUAGUAAAUAGGCAACGGUUAAUUCUUCGGGCGCAAGUAGCUUCACAUGGCGUGUAUGGUUUUCGUUAUUUAACCAGGAAAAGUCAAUGAAACGUGAUCACUUAUAUUUAUAAAUACAAUAAUUAUAGAUAUUGUCGAACUUUAACAGUUGUUACAUAGUUAUUUCCAUACAUACAUUAUUUUUGUUAUCCAUAUCCAUAUUUAAAAUGCAAUAGUUUAUUAUUCGGGGCUGUGGUUACCGGGAUAUUUAUUCUCCCGUACCAGAGCGUCGAUGCACCAGAUCACAAUAGUUAAUUAUUUAAAAUAAUUAUAUUUGCUCGACGGGGGACGCGAAAGCCGUUUUUUGAGAAUAGAUCGACUCCACCUAAAACUUAGCCUAGGAUCAAAUCGCACCGACUUACAAUUCGUAUUUAUCGACCGCAUACAUGUUUCAUUUAAACGAUAUUUUAAUGAUCUAGUUAUUUUUAUACAGAUUUUCCAAAGCGGAGUGGUCGUUUGUUGUUAUUUUUUAAUCGAUAUAAGUCGAUGUAUUUUCGAUCUGUAGUCGAGUGAUUAAAGUGAGUCUAUACAAUUAAGUCGUUAUAUUCUUAAGUCAAUAGCUUUAAUAUAUACAGUAUCUUCCACUUUAAUAUAAUUAUUAUAAUACAGUUAUAGCAAUAGUUCCCAUUCUGCCACAGUACCUCAAUAAUUAUACAAUUAACAUAAGUAAUGAAAUGAGAUCGAUAGCAGAUUAUUAAGAUAUUUUUUUAAAUAAUUCUCUUUUCACCGAAAAGGUUUUAAUCUCGUAUUAAGUAAACGUCAAUUCAAGUGUCAAUAAGACAAUCCAUUCAGUAUUUUUUUACGCGUCCUGUAUUCCCGAUGUGAGUCUACUCUAACGAACUGUUCCUAUAUUUAGCGAUCUUAUAAAUAUAGAGGACUAUAUGUAAAAUGGUAAAGAUUUAUAAAUGUUAACUAAGAAAUACUUUAGUCAGGUGCUAAACAGCGUAUGCGCCCCUAAUAUAAUCUGCAGGUCCCCUAACUACCAAUAGUUACAAUUAUAGUUCCAUAAUUCAAAGUGCACUUACGUCUUUUUAUAUAAAAGUAAGUAUAUUAUACUAUGUAGUUCAUUCGACGCCUCCCCUGUCGAGCAACGAUCGUUGAUAGCCCGUCUUUGCAGUAACUAUAUAAAAAGUAUUUACAAUAUACUCACUAAUGACAUACAAUAUAUUGCUAGAAGUAACUUUUUAUCUACAGAUGAGAGAGUAAAGCAGGAGUACAAUCUCGCUAAGAAAUCGAUUAGAACGUUGUUUUUCGUGUCUGGAGGGACGAGUAUUUAUUGAUAAAUGUUUAUCGCACUCGUAGCGAUCUAUUCGAUAUAAUAUUUUCUAUCGUGCGUUUACGGUGGAGUUUUAUUGUGUAAACGACCCAGUCGAUUUUUUAGCGGAAUUGCACAGCUGUUACUUGUUGCUUGGAUGACACAUUUUAUACACAGAAAUAUUUUUUUAAGGAAAUCAAUUUAUAUGUCAAUGUUAAUUAAGUGGCAAUUCUAAUUUUAACUGCACUAUAUUUUUGCUGACACGUUUAGGUUUAGAGUUUUUUCUUUUUUUUUUCGUAAUUUAAUAUAUGCACGAUCUGCGUUUUUAUUAGUAUCGACUUUACAUUUUUAAGAAUUUCUCGUCUAAGUGAUACGUACCCUCGAUUCAUCGUGGAAAUAUACACAUUUUAUUAAUUUAUUUUAUUUUUUACUAAACGCACGCUGCAAUCGAGAGUGUGUGACAUUUGCGAUCGUUCUAUGCCUAAACUAAUAGAUAUUGUGUUACUAUUGUAAAAGUUAUAGUUUGCCAUCGUUGAUCAAAGAGGAAAAAUAUGUUUUUAAAUACAUUUAGUUAGUGAGUUUUGUUAUACUUUUCAUGUUCGGAAAGUUCGGAAGGAGCGGGAUGUACAAAAAUGUUUCAUAGUAUUGUGUAUUGCUCGAUAAGAUAAUAGGUGUGGGACCGGAGUAAUCGGUCCUAUAGAGAGUUAGGGAUCCUCUUGGAAAUUGUUGUAAGUCGGAACAUCCUCAGUCAAGACACUUAAAGUACUAUUGUUGUACAUUGUAUAAAAGUCGACUACGAUGAAAUGAGAAUGUUUAUUUGGCACUGAAAUCGUAAAAAGUAUACACUUUAAAAUAUAUAUAGUAUAUCACUCAAAUAGAAAAACUUUUUCUUUUAAUUACGUGUCAACCAAGUAAGUUUACAGUAUGAACACUUUUCGCGCUCUUUUGUUGACAGCGCAACGUACGCUCAGAAACCUGAACAAAACAUAAAGUCUUCAUUGUUUUCGGAGUAGCUAUUUUUUAUGAUUUUCGUGUCACUUAAAUGGUUGUGUCUUUGUUUUGAUGUUGUUGAUAAAUGUGAUUAAGGGAAUCAAUCGGGCUGCGUAGGAACAUAUCAAAGUCGGAUGACCUAGUACUCUAAGUAUCUUUGAAUCUGACAUACAGAAUUACUUAUAUUGGAUUGUAAUAAGCGGUCCUUUAUGUUUUGUAUGAAAUCUGCGUUUUGAAAUAUCAUGGAAAAUAUAACAGUUGGAUGUAAUAAAAGUAUAAAAUUUAAUAAACUCGCAGUGAUUCCAUUGAU